UUUUGACAAGUACAAACUUGUUGCAAGGAGUGGCUGCUGUAUAUAACAGAGUCAAAUCAAGUGAAGGUUCAUUUUCUCAGGCUGCUGGCAUUUGAAGACAGAUUACUAAGACAGUUGACAUCUGAGAGGACUAUAAGAGAGAGCCCUGUGAAGGUUCUUCGAAGAUCUCUUCUGCUCUCGUCAGUGAAACAGCAGUAUCUUCUACAACAUCUUCUGAAUUUUCACCUGCUUCUUCAGCGCCACAAAUACAGAAGAAAACAAAAUGGCAAAUGCACAGCCAAUAACCACGCUCAGUGUCUCCACCUGUAGGGGCGAAAAGCAAAUACUCAGAGCUCAAGGUUAUCAGUUCAUCAAUGUUAACCUCAAUGAAGGUGGAAACCGGGUCUUUCUUUGGUACAAGAAAGAGUCUGGCAAAAGACCAGUGACCAGGAUCGAGUUCUCAUUCACUGACAAGAUGAAAUCUGGUCUGGCUGAAGCUGGGUAUGAGGUGAUCAACAGGGAUCUGAAUGCAGGAGUCAGUGAUCACAUCUUCCUCUGGUACUUCUACGGCAGCACUGAAUAUGACAUGCCUAUUGUGGACCUCAAGCUAACCAAAGGCGCCAAAGAAGAACCUGUUCUUAUGAAUGAUGGCUGGGAGAGACUGGGCUGUGAUCUGAACCGUAAUGCAUCAAGAACCACCAUCUACCUGUGGGUGAAGAGAGAGAAGACCAGCUACAUACAGGAGAUCGCAGGAACUGUUGACUUCUCUUCUGACAAGCAGAUGUUUGAACUGGGCUACACUCGUGUGUGUGAAGACACCAAUCGAAACGCUGGUGGAAAAAACUACGUCUUCCUCUGGUAUCGCCGCACAACCGAUAAGAAAAAGGCUCUCACUGAUCUCAACAUAUCCACCUCCCGCCAGGACGAAUCAAAGCUUCAGAACGAAGGCUAUAAAAAGCUCAAUGUUGAUCUCAAUACAGGAAACGGUGGAAAUGUUGUCUACCUAUGGUACAAGAAAGAGGGAGAUCAAUCGAUCCAGGCCAUGGCUCUGCUGAUCAACCCUGACGCCUGGAUUGAGUAUCCGAAUGCUGGUAUCAACUUUAUCGACAAAAAUCUGAAUAAGAGCAUUGGCUGGAAAAUAUCCAUCGCCUACAAGUAAAAUCCCAGAAUCAUGCUGCCAUCACAGGAUCUUCUUCAGUUUUCUCAUUAUUAGAUCUAUAUGGCUUUAACUGUAAGCAUAUCUGUUUCUAAUGCAUGAUUUUAAUGUCAAUCUUUAAAGCACAUUGUGACUGUGGCUGUUGUACUAAACUCAACCACACACAUUUCAUUUGGCCUUUGUGUUUAUGUUGAAAUGCAUUAUGAAAUAAAGUCAACUUUAACCACAA